GUCACAUUUUUACACAAACAAGCUCACUGUCCUAAGUGCGUCCCUGGGGCUCAGUGGGAAAGCAGAGGAGUAAUUGACGAGGCGAGAGAUAAGGAGAUAAGAGUUGAAUGUUAUUUAACUCUCUCUGUUUCCCUGUCUGUCUGUGUGUCUGUCUGUCUGUCCCACAGUACGACUACACGAAAGUAUCUCAGAGGAAGGCUUCCAUUACCUCGUCUUUGACCUGUGAGUAUACUGAUACCGUUCAGCCGGUCCCACUGCUCUCUCUGGCACAUAAACUCUCACAACUCUCAUACUUAAUGCUGCUUACUGCUUAGAGAAUACAAUGUGGCUUUGAUUCCUACGGAGGCCACAUGUAAUGACUAUAUGUACUAAUUAUAAGUCUGCUAACUGACCAUAUUAUUAUCAUUAAUACAUCCAAUACCAAAAAUCAUCAGAAAUGUUUAUUUCUUUAGUUACAGUAAUACCUACUUUGUUGUUGUACUCCAGAGGCUGUGAUGGUGUCUAUGGUUAUCAGCAGUGGUGUAGACCAGUGUUUCCCAACUCCAGUCCCUGAGUACCCCCAACGGCACACAUUUAUGUUGUAGCCCCAGACAAACUCGAGGCCUGGAGUUGGGAAACACUGGUGUAGACUGAGAGUUUUAUGUAGAACAUAGUCUAGUGGGUCUGUUCUGACAGGAGGAGAGGAUAGGGUGACAUGUCACCACUCAGAUAGCACUGUGUCCCCACAGGGCACUCAGGGGAGGGGAGGGGAGGGAACAUAUCUAUGGGUUACACCCUAGCCCCAAUUGUUGGCAACAUCCUUCCUCAACCAAAACACUUACUUAAUUGUCUUAGACUAAGUUGUCUUUUGCAUAAAUCAUGAUUUUAUGUGUGUGUGUGUGUGUGUGCUCUCUCUGGGCUGUGUUUCCUGGUGUCUCUGGUAGACUGGGUGUGUGCCAUCAUAUGUGCUUCCAGACUGGUGUCCAUGUGUUGACUAAGCUGUUGUUUCCCUCCUCCCAGUGUCACCGGUGGAGAGCUGUUUGAAGACAUUGUUGCCAGAGAGUAUUACAGUGAGGCUGAUGCCAGGUGGGAACAUACACACUCCCGUGCACAUAUGCACACACACACACACAUUAUGCAAACACACUCUCCUAUAUGCACACAUAUAUAGUACAGUACACACUGUCAUCCUACAUCCAUAUUGAGAACACACAACACUGCAACUGUUGCCCCCAACCUACCUUUGUUUGGGCCUCACUUGGCUUCCAUUGAAACCCAGCUGUGUCUGUACCAUGUAUCUUUGGAAACCUUUGUACAUAUGAACAUAGUAAGGGCAAAUACAUCCUCUUCUUCGCCACAUGGACAUUGUGUGUAACUAUACAGCACCACACUCAUGCUUUCCUCCCUAGGGUGAGUAUUGUCCUGGCAAGGUGUUUGUGUGCCGUGUGGGAGAGAGUGAAACUUGGUGUGGGCCAGGGGUGUAUGGCUGUCAGAGGGGACAGGAAGCUGCAGGCAGCAUGUGGACAAUAUGGAGGCUCUGGCCCAGAGGCCUGCUGUCACGCCCUGACCCUGGGGACUCUUAUUUGUUGAGUCAGGGUGUGUAUUUUCAAUGUGGUCUAGAUCUAUGUUGGCCGGUGUGGUUCCCAAUCAGAGGCAGCUGUCGCUCGUUGUCUCUGAUUGGGGCCCAUACUUAGGCAGCCUUUUGGCACUAGUGGGUUGUGGGAUCUUGUUCCGUGUGAGGUUUGUUGUGUGUACCUUAGGACGUCACGUAUCGUUGGUUUAUUGUUUUGUCGUUGUGUUUAUUCGUUAAAUAAACAUGUUUGCAUAUCACGCUGCGCCUUGGUCCGUCCCGUCUAUGAACGAACGUGACAGAAGAUCCCACCAGACCUGGACCAAGCAGUGUGCCGAGGAGGAGCAGAGAGGAUGGACUUGGCAGGAGAUGAGAGAGGAUCUGGCAUGAAAGAUGGAGGCCCUGAUCAGGGUGGAGAGGCAACCCCAAGAAAAUGUUGGGGGGGGGCACACGGUGUGGAUGACGAGGCAGCAGGAGGCCGCGACAGGGCGGAUCUGCUGGUUAGGAGAGGAGGCCACCAGGUUACGGGGGCUAUUGGUUCAGAGGAAGCAGAAGGAAGGUGUAGAGGCACGGCGAGAGGAGCUGGUUAGGCAGCAGAAGGAGCGGGGGUUAAUAAAGGAACCCAGUCCCGCUCCUCGCACCAAGCAAGUGGUGCGUGUCGCCAGUCCGGUCCGGCCCGUUCCUGCUCCCCGCACUAAGCCAGUGGUGCGUGUUCCCAGUACGGCCCGACCCGUUCCUGCUCCUCGCACCAAGCCAGUGGUGCGCGUUGCCAGCCCAGCCCGGCCCGUUCCUGCUCCUCGCACCAAGCCAGUGGUGGGCGUCGCCAGCCUGGCCCGGCCGGUUCCUGCUCCUCGCACCAAGCCAGUGGUGCGCGUCGCCAGCCCGGCCCGGCCUGUUCCUGCUCCUCGCACCAAACCAGUGGUGCGCAUCGCCAGUCCGGUCCGGCCCGUGCCUGCUCCUCGCACCAGACCAGUGGUGCUUUUGUCCGGCAUGGCCCGUGCCCGGUCCACCGGUGCCUGAUCCGGCACCGGUCAGCUGCUCCACUCCGGAGCCAGAGCAGUCCGCUCCACCGUUGCCUGAUCUAGUUCCGGUCAGCUGUUCCACUCCGGAGCCAGAGCAGUCCGCUCCACCGGUGCCUGAUCCAGUUCUGGUCAGCUGUUCCACUCCGGAGCCAGAGCAGUCCGCUCCACCGGGGUAGUCCUGCUCCGGUCAGCGGCUCCACUCCGGAGCCAGAGCAGUCCGCUCCACCGGGGUAGUCCUGCUCCGGUCAGCGGCUCCACUCCGGAGCCAGAGCAGUCCGCUCCACCAGGGUCUAGUCCUGCUCCGGUCAGCGGCUCCACUCCGGAGCCAGAGCAGUCCGCUCCACCGGUGCCUGAUCCAGUUCCGGUCAGCUGUUCCACUCCGGAGCCAGAGCAGUCCGCUCCGCCGGUGCCUGAUCCAGCUCCGGUCAGCUGCGCCACUCCGGAGCCAGAGCAGUCCGCUCCACCGGGGUCUAGUCCUGCUCCGGUCAGCGGCUCUACUCCGGAGCCAGAGCAGUCCGCUCCACCGGGGUCAAGUCCUGCUCCGGUCAGCGGCUCCACUCCGGAGCCAGAGAAGUCCGCUCCACCGGUGCCCAGUCCAGCUCCGGUCAGCGGCUCCAGUCCAGACCAUGACGUCAGCCCCUCUCCAGGUUCGGGGUCUCCCACACCAGGGUCCAGACUGGGCCUGGCGUAUCGUGAGAGGAAGGAGAGGGGAAGUAGCGUGCCGAGGUCCAGACCAGACCAGGGGCGCAACAGGGAGGCGAAGAGUGAGAGGUCGUCACGCCCUGAGCCGGAUCCGCCUCCGAGGCGGAAUGCCCACCCGGCCCCUACCCUGUUAUGUUUAUGUUGUGCGGUCGGAGUCCGCACCUUUGGGGGGUGGUACUGUCACGCCCUGACCCUGGGGACUCUUAUUUGUUGAGUCAGGGUGUGUAUUUUCUAUGUGGUCUAGAUCUAUGUUGGCCGGUGUGGUUCCCAAUCAGAGGCAGCUGACGCUCGUUGUCUCUGAUUGGGGACCAUACUUAGGCAGCCUUUUGGCACUAGUGGGUUGUGGGAUCUUGUUCCGUGUGAGGUUUGUUGUGUGUACCUUAGGACGUCACGUAUCGUUGGUUUAUUGUUUUGUCGUUAUUAUUUGUUAAAUAAACAUGUUUGCAUAUCACGCUGCGCCUUGGUCCGUCCCGUCUAUGAACGAACGUGACACCUGCAUUGCUCUGUUCUGGCUGCGAAGAGUUUCUCUCCAGGACAGAAUCAGGGGCCGAGCUCAACCACGUUGCCUGAGCUGCUCAUUUAAUCAAGCAAAAGAAGAAGAGAGCGAAUAUGAUAGAUAGGGUGAAAAAUGCCUCCGGGAGUAUGACUCCUCACAAGUACAGGGAGAGGAGAGAGAGGUGCAGAAAUAGAGGGACAGGGAAAGAAACUGGAUAACCAAGAGAGGGUGAGGGAGGGAGAGAAAAAGAGGAGAGGGGACAAGGAGGGAGAAGACAAAGAAUGUGGGGUAGAGUGAGAAAAAAUGUGUACGAAAGAUAAGAGGGGCAACAGAGAGUGAAAUGGGAGGGAGGGCGAGAGACAGGGAGACUUUAUUGGGGAAGUGCUGGUGCCUGUGUAGUGGGAUGGAAUGGAAUGCAGGGCACAGAUUUGGCCAAAUUUGGAUAAAAAUACAUGCUUUUCUCCUGAUUACUCUGAAAGAAAGACACAGAGAAUAUCUCACGGGUACUACGGCCUCCUAGGACUCCGUCUCUCAUAGCAUCCGUUCUCUUCUCUCUCUCUCUCCUUCUUUUAUUAUUCUUUCCCUCUUCUAUUUUCUUCUUCCUCCACUUUUAACCCAGUCUGACUAGAUGGAAAGGGGCUGUUGUUUUUAAGGGUUGAUUGAUGUAAAACACCACAUUAGUGGCCUCUCAGCUCUGUUUUUAAGUAAUACAAUGUGUUAGAGAGUGUAAAGACAGAAGAACCAGACCCUGUACUAUCAAACCCACUUCUCCUCACACAUACUGAAGUUAAUAAAGACCUUAUUCACUAUGGCAGUCUACAGAUGAUAUCUCUCACCAUUUAGCCCUAAUAGGCGGCUGGUUUUACCCACAGACUGUGGAAAACUGCAGAUAAGUCACUUUGGCAGUCGGCGGCAAUGUUUAGAGUAAGGCCAAAAAGCACCAACUUCAGUAUGACUUAAAGUUUGCCUUAAAACUCCAUUGGAGGAGUAGGCACAUCUAGAUGGAAUAUAACUGUGUGUGUGUGAUUCGUCCAGCCAGAUUGUGGGGAGGAUAUGACAGAUGUGAGGUCGACAGUAGGAAAUUUGCCUUGGCGCUGAGGUGACAUGCUAAUAUAUCUGCUGUCUCGCAGGCUUUUGGGUUCAAAGAAAACAGAGCCGGUAUCGAAAAAGGGCUGAGGCUAGCGAGGUUCCUCUGGCUGCUCUUCCUCUCUCUUUCUCAGCAUCUGUCUGUCUUUCUCAGUCUCCCUAUUUGCUCUCUUUCAGUCUCUGUCUGGCUUGUCUGUCUCUUUCUCUCUGUUUCUAGCCGUCUCUGUUUUUCUCUUGGUUCUCUCUCUGUCUCUCUCUUCGCCUGCCUCGAAUCAGUCUGUAGUUGAAGAUCACUGUUUCUAAUAAUAAGAAUCAGCAGUAGUCAUGAAUUGGAUUAAUUUAGCAAAUCUCUACGUGCUCAAAGUGCUUAAACAGCAAGGGGAAACUCACCUCAUCUGAUCCAUCAACCAGUGGUUUCCAUUAGUUCCUAUCCCUGACUGUGUCAGUGUGUGGUUGGUGUGAUGUGUCUGCUGUGCAUUGACGUGUGCGUUCUGUGUUCUGUGUCUCCUAUCUCUGCAGCCAGUGCAUCAAUCAGAUCCUGGAGAGUGUCCACCACAUGCACCAGCAUGACAUUGUGCACAGGGACCUCAAGGUGAGUCAUCAAUCACCAUGGCAACAUGCAACACCUGGUGGGGGGGCCCCAAACCCCAAAAUCCCUCCCACUGGAAAUUUUACCCGGUCAUAUGCACACAUGCAUACUCACGCACACACAUGCGUGUAUACGUAAGCCAAUGAAAACUCGCACAAAAUUGCACACACGUAAGCAAAUGAAAAAAAAAAUCUAAUUUCUUCGGACGUCAGAGAGAGUGACUGGGCUGGUGCUGAUGAAUUGUGGGUAGAGGCACUGAGCCAGACAGUGUGUUUC